AUGACCCAAGAAAAUGGUACUGAAGUGACUGAGUUCAUUCUAUUGGGAUUUGCAGUUCGACAAGAACUACAGUACAUCCUCUUCCUGGUAUUUCUGCUCAUCUACAUGACAUCUCUCGUGGGCAAUGCUGGUAUGAUCCUGCUCAUCAAGUGUGAUGCUCGCCUUCACACUCCCAUGUAUUUUUUCCUCCAAAACUUGGCUUUUGCUGACCUCUGUUACACUUCUGCUAUCACUCCCAAGAUGUUGGUCGACUUCCUGGUCUCAGAUAAGUCCAUCUCAUUCUCAGGGUGUGUGAUACAAUUAUAUGUUUAUGGUGUAUUCGCCACAGUUGAAUGUUACCUUCUGGCUGCCAUGGCUGUAGAUCGUUAUGUGGCCAUCUGCAACCCGCUCCGUUACCCAGUAGUCAUGUCCCAGAGAGCCUGCAUCCAGUUGGUCAGCGGAUCUUAUGUCAUGAGUUCCUUGAAUACUACCACACAUGUAGGCUCUCUCCUUUCCCUGUCUUUCUGCAAUUCUAACAAAAUCAAUCACUUCUUUUGUGACUUGCCCCCAAUAUUGAGACUUUCCUGUUCCAAUAUUGAUUUUAAUGUCCUGUUGAUCCUGAUUUUUGUGGGCUUUAACCUGAUAGGCACAUUCCUGGCUGUGUUCUUCUCCUACCUUUACAUCCUUGCUGCCAUCUUGAGGAUGCCCUCUACUGCAGGGAGGCACAAAGCCUUCUCCACUUGUGCUUCUCACAUGACUGCUGUCACCAUGUUCUAUGUAACAGCCUGUUACAUGUAUUUACAGCCUUCUUCCAGAAAUUCAGAAGAGAAUGAUAAAAUAGCUUCUGUGUUUUAUGGUAUCUUAAUACCCAUGCUGAACCCCCUGAUCUACAGUCUAAGAAACAAGGAGGUAAAAGAGGCAGUGAAAGUUCUUAUGAAAAGUUGUUUUUGA